CUACAUCACUUUAGGGUCAGUUACAUAGAAGGAUGUAACCACAUAUUCAAGAUUGGAUGGAAACCAAAUGUAAACAUUUCAGAAUCAAUCAAUGAAAAUCCUAUAUCGAUUGACCAAUAAUAGGAAUAUAUGGGGGAUGUGAAUGUUGAGGGUGGUUACAAGCUGGUAUAACAUUUCUGCUCUGAUACUAGCAUCUUCCUUUUUGCCUCUGAGACAAGUCAUGUUAUCGUAAGUGAGCCCCACAUCUGACAAGGUCUACCUUACUAUCCCCUGGCACUCUCUGAAAGGGUGUAGCCCUGGAGUCAAGUCUGAGGAGGGAGGGGGGAGUGUAUUGGACGAGGGUUUAAGUAUGCUAAGCACACAGUCGCUGGGUAUCAGUGGAACAAAGGCGGUUCUAUGGUUGAGGUGCUCUAGUGCAUGGGCAGAGCAGAACAGAGGCCUGACCAGUGUUUUAAUGACAAAUGCAGAAUAUCAAAUAAACUUGCUCUUCACCAUCAUUAUUAUUAUUACUAUUUAUUAUUGUUGCUAUCUUUUAGACCAAGCACCAGAGAACUGAGCUCAGCUACCUGGUGGAUAGGCCCCGUCGUGUUAACAGUUCAGCGUUUCAAGAGGCAGAUAUCGUCAGCUCUAAAGACAGCGGACAUGGAGAUAGCGAGCAGGGAGACAGCGACCAUGACGCCACCAACCGGGGCCACACAGCAGGAGCUGAUCUUUUUUCCAACUGCACUGAAGAGUGCAAGGCUCUGGGUCACUCCGACCGUUGCUGGAUGCCCUCCUUCAUGCCUGGCGACAAUCGUCAGGGCGCCGAUUACCGUAGCAACCUGCACGUCCCGGGAAUGGACGCGGUGCCGGACACUGAGGUACAGGAGAGCGUGGUUCCGGGCGAUGCGUGCAAUCGGGCCGAUGAUAGAUCAUUCUCCACAUUCGGCAAAGACAAGUCACACCACGGCACGCUCACACGCCACGAGCUACACACACUCUUACCAAGCGCCCGAGCGCCUUACAAACCCAACUAUCUGUCACGCAAAAGGAUUUCCUAGCACCUUCCGCGUGGACAUUCCUGAAAAAGCGUGAGUUUGCACAGUAACGCAACCGGCCAAAAGCAUCAAGGGUUUCUUUUUUUAAAUUUCCCUUCGUUUAUUUUUUUUAUUGAACUCAAUCACGGACGAUCUGGUCGUUCCCAGCUCUGUCGGACGUCUGAAACAGAUUAAAUCGGAUGCGAUCCGAUGACGUAAGGACCCUGAGAAUUCUCAGCAGGACUGAGAAACCUCGCCAAAUCUCCUCCGAAAAAACUGGAUGAGAAGAGGGAUGAACAGAGGGAGAGAGCUCAAAAAGAGGAUUAGGAGUGAUGGAGAGACAAAAGGAGAAAAAUUGAUGAUCAAUGGACACGGUUGUUUCCUCACUCUCUCCGCUCUAUGAUCAAUGUGUCUCUGUUUACAGUCCACUGUAAACUAUACCAACUAUCUGAGCCCUUUACCCGUUUCGACAUGCACACACACACACACACACACACACACACACACACACUGUACAAACGUACUGUACAAAGAGCAGCCCAAACUAUGUGCUUUAUAAACUCAACUAUCCGUUUUAGACUUGACUGUUUUCUAUAGUCAUUUAUUUUUUCUUCUUAAUCAGUGUGGUCAAGUGUUCUUCUGAAGUUACUAUCUUUAGAAAAAGCGUGGAUGCGGGGGACAAAAAACAUGGAAAAAGUAAAAAAAAAAAAAAAAAAAAAAAAAAAAAAGACGAUUCUGUCCUCUCAUUGGCCUACAGAUACGUCAUCUGACAUUGUGGUUAUCUUCACGUGUGCAAGUGUGUACUGUUCUCUUUUAAAGCUUAAAAUAAUUAUAAACCUAUAUAUAUAUAAACAUAUAUAUAUAAUAUAUAAAUAUACUUUUUUCUGAACCUGUGUAGCCCAUUGGAUAGUUUCCUAAACACCAUAUUGCCAUAAACCAAUACAAAGUGCUGAAAAGACUU